UGUGAAUCUGAUAACCAUAAUGUGUAGACUUUCCACUGUAGAGUUUGUUAUCCUAUCAUUGAUGAGAAUGUCUCAGAUGACAACCGAACUGACAUCCUAUUCACUAAGUACCAACUCAUAUGUUCAACUGGUCGGAUUACCAAAAUAUGGUUCAUUUUCCCCCACCUUCUGAUGUUCCCAGAAUCUCUAUGUUAACCAAGGGAUUUUCAAAUGUCACAUCAGUAGGGUAGAGAGAGGAAAAAGGGGGCGAGAUAUAUUUAUGACUGUCAUAAACCUACCCCCAGGCCAACGUCAUGACAUUGUGCAUUAGCAGUUUCUCUCUUUCUCUCAAUUAGCCCAUGUCAGCAACAUUUGAUUAUUUAUUGCUAAGUUAGUUUAGUGGCCAGCUAUAAGCUUGUUAUCAUGGCCGAAAACAGGCCGGGGGGCCACCAAUUUUGUUAGUCGGUCUCACUCAGAUAGACUUGUGAGCAACUGCAGCCCCUCAUAUUGAGUUCAGAUUUUUUCGUGCCCCCACCCCCAUCAAAGUUGCCCAUCUUUAUGGUUUAAAGCAAAACUAAACUAAGCCCCGAUCAGAAGGUUGCUUAGGAUAUUCUUUAUUCUGCUAAAACACUAACAGUGCAUUUGAUAAUAGCCUAACAAAUUGCAUUGGUUGUCACUCAACUAAUAAAGCCUAAUAUUGCGCAAGCCAUUUUACAAACAUUUUGAAUUGCUCAAGGGGACGCACAGCCUACCUCUUGUUGGUCAGUGGAGCGUACAGUACACAGUUUAACUAGGCAACUGAUAUUGCUUGGGAUUGUUUGGAAUGCAAAAUGACUUAUUGAUCAAUGACUGUCAGCACAGUUACAUGCUCAGUUCGACGCUGAAGGAGAAAAUGCAUCAGUUGUCACAAAAGACUAGGUAUUUUUGGAUGGUUACAAAAGUGCCUAAUGAGAAUUAUUUUGUGAACUGGUGAUUUCUGACCGACGCAUGCUACAUUUUUAGAUCUGUUCGGGGACUGCAGACUGAUGCACUCAUAUCUUAAACAUUUGAACCAGGGACUGACGUGUAUUGUUGAAUAGUUACAUCCCUACUAACUAGCUUACAUUGCCAAAUGGCGGCCUAGGCAGAAGUAUGAUCAAUCACCCCUGAAAGGCCAGUUGGUGGUAGCCAUAGUGAAGAGACCUAGUACACUUCUUUCCAUUACUAAUAAUAGCCCACCCCAUAUAUCAUACAAGCUAAACCAGCCUAAAAGACAUUGAAGGGAGAUGUGCUCUGGAAUGUCAAAUUUCAUCAUUAGCACAGAACUGUGUCUGUUUUGCUCAGUGAGACCUCACCCCCCCCCCCUCCCCCUCCCCAUGGCAUCAUCUGAGGUCAAUGUUAAUGUGGAGGAGGUGGUAGUCGUGACAACGCCGGAUGGAGCAGGGGAGGGCUCGGCUGCAGAGGUGGUGAAGACUGUGCUGGUGGCUACAGAGCUGACCCAGGCAGGGGAGGAACUUACAGAUGGAAGCGUGGAGUCAGAAGCCGACGCCACCAUCACUGUGACAAAGGAGGCAGUCCUAGUGAAGCUGUCAGAUGAGAUGGAUGUGGAAGCUGAUUUGGUCUACCCAAUCACUUGUGGGGAUGUGAAGGGCACCCUGGUCUGGAAGAAGUUUGUUUGCCCUGGCAUCAACAUCAAAUGUGUCCAAUUCAAUGAGCAUCUCAUCAGUCCCAAGGAAUUUGUCUAUCUGGCUGGGAAAUCUACAUUGAAGGACUGGAAGAGAGCCAUUCGCGUGAACGGCACUAUGAUCAGGAAAAUCAUGGACUCGGGCGAGUUGGAUUUCUACCAGCACUCCAAGGUGUGUUCCAACACCUGCCGCAGUACUAAGAUUGACCUGGUGGGGACCAGAGUGUCACUCAGCAGCCAGCAGGCCACCGAAUAUGUUCCUGUCACUCCUUCCUUAUCUGACGUGAACGGAUCACCGGCCAUGUUUCCAACAGAGGUAUCAUCAGACGACACCACAGAAUGGGUCACGGCCAUAGGAGAGGAUUCUGUGACCUUCUGGAAGGGUCUGAAGGAGGCUGGGUUGCUGGAGGAAGUGGUGGAGGACUUCCAGAAGGAGAUUCAGGAGGUGCUAAAGGGAAUGCAGGAGCGCAUCACCGAGCCUCCCCUGCAGGUCAAUGAUGCUGUGCUGCUGAACAAUAUAGUGCAGAACUUCGGCAUGCUCGACUUGGUUAAGAAGGUGCUAGCCAGUCACAAGAGCCAGAUGGACCGACAUAGGGAGCAGUAUUCACACAGUCUUGUCGCUCUGGAGCAGCAGUGUGACGAGCACAGGAAACGUGCCAAGGAGUUAAAGAGCAAAUCCCAACACCUCAACAACGUCCUCAUGACCCUAACUCCCGUGGCCGUGCCGUCCACGCCCAAACGCCCACGCCUCACCCGCGCUGUCUCGGGCCCUGCCGUUAUGUCCAGUGCCCCCACCCAGAUCACCCUGCCCCUCACCCAGCUGGCAGGCCUGCCUGCUGGGUGCAAAGUGCUCUCGGUGGGGGGAGCCGGUGCCGGCCAGCAGACCUACACAGUGCUGACCUCCCCCACGGGCGAGCUGGGGCCAGAUGCCUCCAAUCUGACUGUACUCUCCACGGCCGCCGCUGUUCAGGAGGGUGCACCCACCACUUCAGCCUUCGUCAAGAUGGUCAGCUCAGGCUAUCAGCUGAUCACGCUGCCUGCCGCGUUGAGCACCCAGCUACAGGGCCUGGCUGGGGGCACGGCCCAGGGCACCACUACCAUGAUGGCAGUACCUAUGGGUAACAACGCACUGCAGAGCACGGCGGCAGUGGUCACAGCAUUGGGGAGACGGGUGGAAGUUCAUGUGCAGGAGGGUGUGGCACCAGAGACUGAGGAGCAGGAGGCGAAGGAGACGGUGGAGAGUUAGAGAGAUGUACUCCUCCUAUAGUGUUAAAAACACGUUGGGGACUCCUCACUGGUUUGGAGUGCAAGUACUGGAACCAGUGCCUAGGUCUAGUGGUGUUGAACUAUGAAGGACCCAUAUCAGUAAAGAUUACUUAAAAUGUAUAACUACAUGCACUGCUCAUUUUACUCAAAGCACCAGUGUGUGUGUGUGUGUGUGUGUGUGUGUGUGUGUGUGUGUGUGUGUGUGUGUAGAGGUGAAAAUGUCUGUGCAGAAUUGAGUUUGGAAUUCAUAAGUGUAUAUUUUUAUAACCAUGCAAGUAGAUGCCGACUCUGCUCAAAAGCCAUGAUCUUAGUUAUUCUCAGGUGUCCAUUUUCACUGGGGUGUAGGUGCCAUGUUCACAUUAUCUCUUUACAUUGUGCUAAAAAUGUAAAUUCUACAAUGCUCAUCUUUCAACAUCAGAAUGUUUUUCCAUUUCAACAUUUUAUAACUUUUUGUUCAAUAUUACAAUGCAUUUUAUUAUAUAGUUAAUAUUUUUUAACAAAUGGAAAGUGAACAAACUGGUGGGUUUGUUGAACUUGUUAGUGUACUCUGUAAAUUAAUUGUAUAAAUUCUUAAAUCUAGCCAUUACUGGAAAACUUGAAGUAUUUGGCAUUUGUUUUUAUUUCUAAACCAGUUGUUCAAUUCACCAUGAAAUCAACUUUUAAUAGCUUUGUGUAACAUUUCUUCUGACCAGAAAAGGCGUUGAGUUGUGAAUUUCAGUCUUCUCAUUAACUUAAAUGACAUGGAUCAUGAAAGGGCAAAUCAAAUGCAACCUUGAACAGUGCGUCCACAUGAUCAUGACCCUCGCUUGAUGGGCAAGCAUACAAGCUAGGCUACAUGACUGUUAAACUCUCUGUCUGGUCGCGCUGCAAUGAAAUACUGUAGGUAAGCUUAAGUUUGUAUAUGGCCCUGUUUUUACGCAAUGUUUUUCUAUUUAAACUUUACUCAUGCUCGUUACACGCUCUGAAAGCUGUUAUUGUACUGCAUCGGUCUGUUACAAUAGCCAAUGUUUACUAUGCAUGUUUUCAGACCUGUCUCUAAUAUGCCACUAGCCCCGCACCUUGAUUUCAGAACAUGCCGGUAGGGAGUGCUGAAGGGUUUAUUUUGCUUCUCCAGAUAUUCCUUUAUUAUUUUCCCCUAACCCUACCUCCACUAAUUGGAGUAAACUAAUGGACAACAACACCUAGGCUUCAACUUCCAGCUUAUACAUGUCCAAGCUGACAUACUAUAUCAAUUUUACGCACGCAGUAUAUUUAAGCAAUAAGGCCCGAGGAGGAGUGGUAUAUGGCCAAUAUACCAUGUCUAAGGGCUGCUCUUAUGCACAACAAAACACGGAGUGCCUGGAUACAGGCCGUAUACUGGCCAUAUAUCACAAACCCCCGAGGUACCUUCAUGUAAUAUGAGCUGUAAAAUUAAAUGUUUUGUUCAUACCCGUGGUAUACGGUCUGAUAUACCACGGCUGUCAACCAAUCAGCAUUCAGUGCUCGAACCACCCAGUUUAGGAUUUACAAUAGUUAUCUUUUGUUUAGUUUUAGUCCCAUCCUUCAGCUCCCCUCAACCCCUCCCAUCUAUCUCUGAAGACCAUCCAGUUGUGAUUUCUACUUGCCAUAUUUUUCAACUUUGCUGUUUCACAAAAGUUCUGAACCUAUAUGAAUUUUACGGAUACAGUAUAUUUUACAUUUUGUUUUCUUGUUAUCCAGAUACUCAUCUUUGGCCAGUGACUGCCGACAGGUGCGUUGCACUUGGUUUUGGGUGCAUAGAGCAAAUUAAAUCAGAUGGCAUCAACCGUGAAUAACCGUUCAUUGUUGAGUUUGAUUUUCCCUUUCGUGAUGGGAACUUUAUGUUCAAAGUUCAAAACAUUUUGAUUGGAAUGCCAAUUUCAAGAAUCAAUCGGUGAACUUCAAAGA